AAAAAAAUAAAAACCCUACCCUUGCAUUCCUUACCAGAAUAAUAAUAAUUAUUAAAAAUAAUAGAUAAACACCUCUUUCAAUCUCCCCUCUUUUCUUCUCUCUGCGUUUCGCCCCUCUUUCUCUCUUAGUAACAGUCGUUUAAGGUCCAAAAGAAUAUAAAAAAUAAAGAAACUUUAAAAAACGGCGAUCACCAAGAUCCUGAUCCUGUUUUAAGGCCUGUUUUCGGUUGCUACUUUGAGAUAAAAUCAUGGGAUUUCUCCAUAAGCUCUGGGACGAAACGCUCGCAGGGCCUGCGCCCGAUACAGGGCUCGGCAAACUGCGUAAGUAUGAUUCUUUCUCUGCUGCCACACCAAGAUCUGCUCCGGCUGUCAUUCCUCAUGAGGAGAUGGUUAUCACUCGAAGCAUUACUAUUCUUAGGACUAAUUCUAAUUUAAAGAACUUUUCUCUCGAUCCUGGUUCGACUCCUGACUCGCCUGCUGCCUGUAGCACUCCUGGAACCCCUUUGUCCCCUGGGACACCACGCUGGGAAUUCAAGAAACUGACGAGGAGAAAAUCAUCUGCAGAUGCACUAGAUCGCUCUGAGCCUAGAAGUCUGACAACUUACGAUUGGUUCUCUUUUUUUAUAUUUUAUUUUUUUUCUUAUAAUAGCAUUAAUGCCCCUGUCCCUCCAAUGCUUAAUUCUAUAGCAUAGUUUAUGGCUUUGGAUUAAAAUACUAAUUACAUGCGUGUUCUUGCAGGAUUGUGAUAAGUGCUUACUUGGAUUGUUGAGAUAGCAAAUUAAAGUGAUGAUUUUGGUUGAAGAAUCGGCAACAGUUAUUAUCAUAGUCUUGUACAUAUAGAGAUCGAUGAUCAACUUUCUGAUCAUAUCUUGUAUGCUUCUUCAUAUGCAUAAAAAUAUGAUCACAAACAACUAUAAAUAUUAAUAGCUAAAAUAAGAGUGGUUCGAUGGAUUGAAUAAUCGCACAGACGGAACCAGCUGCCGCUUCCAGUAGAUUUACGAGAGAGGAAUGAAGUAGAAAAACAGGCUUUGCUUUGGUAUUGAGAGCUGUUUUCAGCUUUUAUAUAUAUAUAUAUAUAUAUAUAUAUUGGGGUGUUUGUUUUUCUUUUCUUGUAAAUACGGUGUUUUCUUUUUUGUGAAUUUUUAUUCUGGUUUUGUUGUUAAUGUACAUAUAUAUAUAUAUAUAUAAUUAAGAAUUAUGCA